AUGAGUUCUGAGAGGAGGAAUGCGUACCUCGACGCCGGGUUCCCGGACGAAUCCGACCAGGAUGCCGGCUACGACUCCGAAGCCGCCGAAGUGUCGAAAGCCGGCCGAGCAAGUAAGAGGCGGAAGGUCGAACACGAAAGCAGCGGUGAAGACGAAUUUUUCACCCCCAACCUGAUCCGCAGUCGAACGCCGAAGGCCUCGAGGGCAGCGGCCGCUGCGACCCAGCCAAAGACGGAGGAUGGAGAGGACGAGGACGAGGAUGACGAUAAUAAUGAUGAUGAGAAAGAAAAGCACACCCAGGAUGAAGACCAGGCUAUAGAAGAGAGUGAAGCGGCGAGGGUUGAAGAAAUCCAAUCUGCGUCCAUAACAACAAGCGAGCCGACGACCCAGAAGAAACCCAAGAAAUCCAAAUCCAAAUCCAAAUCCAAGGAGACCACCCCGGGCGUGGUCUACCUCUCAUCACUCCCUCCGUAUCUCAAGCCCUCGGCGCUUCGCAACCUCUUGGAACAGCGCGGCUUCUCUCCGAUCAAACGGCUCUUCCUGUCCCCGGCCUCGCGGCACGCGCACAACUCGAAGAAGAACUCGCGGCAGCUCUACACAGAAGGCUGGAUCGAGUUCUCGUCCAAAAAGGUCGCGCGCCGGUGCGCGGAGGCAUUGAACGCCACGACGGUCGGCGGCAAGAAGGGCGGCUGGUAUCGCGACGACGUGUGGAACAUGAAGUACCUCAAGGGCAUGAGGUGGGAGGAGUUGAUGGCUGGAGUGAGGGAAGAGAAGAGAGAGGAGGAGGGCAGGCGGGACGAGGAGAGGAGGAUCAUCGCCCGGGAGACGAAGCGCUUUAUCGAGGGCGUGGAGGAGGGGAGGAGGGUCGAGGGCAUCAAGAGGAAGAAGGCUAUCAGGAAAGGAGAGGGCGAGGAGGGCUCCAAUCACGCUACAGGUGACGCUGCCGCUGCGGAUGUCAGGAGAACUUGGAGGCAGACUGAAGUCAAGGGCAAGAAGAAGGGGCAAGACACUGCUGGCCCGGAGAAGAUCAGUGACGACGUGAAAGAAGUGUUGAACAGGAUUUUCUAG